GGUCUGCUGCAAACCUGAUCUGUCUUCCCUUGUAGAUUAGGGACUUUUUUUCCCUUGCUGCUUUCAUGAUCUCUCCUUGCCUAAGUAUUUGUGAAUUUGACUAUGAUAUGCCUUGUUGAUGGUCGGUUUUUGUUGAAUCUCAUGGGGGUCCUCUGUGCUUCCUGGAUUUUGAUGUCUGUGUCUUUCCCCAGGUUAGGAAAGUUUUCCACUAUGAUUUACUCACAUAACCCUUCUACCCCUCUUUCUCUCUCUUCCUCUUUUGGGACCCCUAUGAUUCUGAUGUUGUCCCUUUUUAAUGAGUCUCUAAUUCUUAAAUCAUGCUCUUUUGCUUUAAUCUCCCUCUUUUUUUCUGCUUCAUUAUUUUCCAUAAGUUUGUCCUCUAUAUCGCUCAUUCUCUGUUCUGCGUCAUCCAUCAUUGCCGCCAUGGCAUCCAUCCAAGAUUGCAGCUCAGUUAUAGCAUUUUUUAUUUCAUUCUGACUAGUUUUUACUUCUUUUGUCUCUGUAGAAAGGGAUUCUAGUCUAUUUUCGACUCCAGCUAGUAUUCUUUUUAUUGUGAUUCUAAAUUCUGGUUCAGACAUCUUGCUUCUAUCUGUGUUGGUUAAAUCCCUGCCUGCUGUUGCUUCGUGCUCUUUCUUUUGGGGUGAAUUCCUUCAUUUCAUCAUUUUGAAGGGAGAAAAUGAAUUAAUAAGGUAGAAAAAUUAAAAUUAAACAAAUUGAAAUUUAAAAAAUAUUAAAAUUAAAAAAUUAAAAACACACACACAAAUCAAAUAAAUUAUGUUAGAUCCUAGGUGUGUUUUGGUCUGGGUGUUGAAAGUGGUUUGAUAGAUUAGAGAAAAGAUGGGGGUAAAAAGGAAAUUGAGAAUUUGAAAAAAUGAAUACACUGAAGUAGACUAAAAUGAAAUAAUGGAAGUAAAAUAUAAUUUGAAAAAAAUUACACAAAAGUAAAGAAUAUAGUAGAAAAAAUUAACAAAAAACGUUUUUAAUAAAAAUUGAAAAUAAAAAUGAAUUUUUUCUCUUUCUGUAUUCAUGAAAAAGAAAAGGUGUGAAAAAGAGAAAAAGAAAAAAGAAAGAAAGAAAACUGAAUAGACUGACCUGCUAACAGAUUGAAAUACAACUGAAAUUACUUCAUUUUCCCCUAGAUGUCAGACUAUGAAUCGCUUUAUAGCCCAUAAACUAAACAGGUGGUGAGACUUGUGCUCUUGAUGAGCGAGGUGGCCCCAGUUGGGCGGGGCUUAGUGUAAUGGCUCCGUUCUCCCCUAGAUGGCGCUGCUUAGCUUACUGGGGUGGAUUGUUGCAGUGCUCAAAGCCGCGUAUGCGCGUGCGCCGGGAGCGGUGAAAAAACGGCAUCACCCAGCAACCCAGUCUCUAAUAUCAGCACUGUGUUCUCUCAGCUCAGCAAUCUCGCACCCGUCCUCUGUCUUCAGCUCUCAUCCACUCCCCACUUCCUCAGUGUCCGUGGUCAAGCCCCAGGCAGUACCUCUCUCCCGAGCUUUGUCUCAGAUGCGGCUGUUUCACCCAGCCCCUUACUUCCGAAGGACUCUGGCUUUGACCCGUUCCGCCCCUCUAUGGGAGGGUCUCACCCAGCAAUGGCGAAUGAGCAAUGGCCGAAUGCUGGCUGCACCCAGGAAUGCUUGCUGGACCCUGCUGCUGCCGGAGCCCCGAGACUGCGGCCAGGUGCCAGCCCGCCCCAGAAAAUGUUCGCGAGAUAGUGUAGCAGCAGCUUUUCAGGGAUUAUGGAAAAUCACAACGCAUGUCUGGCACCAGGCUUCACCCUCAACGACCUUGUUCCAGCACCAGCGAAUGUGGCCGCCUUCUGGGGUCUGCUCGGACCAGGUGGCCUUAGCAGUCUCUACCAAAUGUCCUUCCAGCGGUGGAACUGCUUUUCCCCGUGUGGCCCGAGAACCUCCCAGACCCCACUCUGUUCCUGGGGAUUCGCCCUUCUCACCAGAGCACCGCCAGAGGUGUACCCUAAGUUCUGAGUUCAUAUAGCCUGUGAGGAGAGAAGAAUCUGCCAUGAGGAGGAGGCCAGAAGCAUUGGGCCGAGGAGGGUCAUGUUGUCUCAGGCGCAUUGUGUUCUUCUAUGAACCCAACUGUGUCACCCCCAAAAUUUAUGUUGAGGCCCUAACGCCCAAUGUAACUAUAUUUGGAGAUGGGGCCUUUAGGAAGGUAAUAAAGGUGAUAAGGGUAGGGUCCUAAUCUGAUAGGACUGGUGCCUUAUAAGAAGAGGCACCAAAGAGAGUUCUCUGUCUCUGUUUCUGUCUCUUUGUCUCUCUCUUUGUGCACACAGAGAAAAGACCAUGUGAGGGCACAGUGAGAUGGUAACUCUCUCUACAAGUCUGGAAGGGACCUCAUUAGUAACCAACCCUGAUGGCACCUUGAUCUUGGACUUGUAGCCUCCAAAACUGUAAGAAAAUAAAUAUCUUUGUUUUAAGCCACACAGUCUGUGGUAUUGUGUUAUGGCAGUCUGAGCAGACUAAUAUACACUCUAAUGAGUUCCUUCUGUUUUCUGUUCUUUAUUGCAUCAAUGGGCCUCUAGCAGGCCUGACCAGGGCCUAUGUCACCAUCAAAUUGGAGAGGAGCAUUGCCUCUGACUUCUGGGAAGCACAGUUUUGCUUACAAAAGGGCCAGAAAGAGAUAAUUCAGAAUCCAAGAUGUCUUAACUUGUUUAUGACUCUAUUUCUUCAUCUGUAAAAUGGAGAUCAUCAUAUCAUUGCUCUGGGGGAAGUCUUAGGUAUAAAGUUCAAUGUAAUAAAUAGUUGCUGACAUUCAUUAUGCAUAAGGUGUUGUACUGGCAAGGAUAUGUGUAUGAUCCCUUAUGGGAAAUUUUUCUUCAUAAUAAUGUACAUGUAUAAAUCCGUUGUGAAAGCAUUUUGGGAGUGUCACAUUUUUAUUAUUAUUUUUUUUUAAUUUAAUGCUUAUUUAUUUUUGAGAGAGAGAGAGAGAGAAAGACAGAGCAUGAGCAGGGGAGGGGCAGAGAGAAAGGGAGACACAGAAUCCAAAGCAGGCUCCAGGCACUGAGCCGUCAGCACAGAGCCCAAUGUGGGGCUCGAACCCACGUGACAUCAUCACCUGAGGUGAAAUCAGAAGGCUUAAACCAACUGAGCCACCCAGUGUCACAUUUUUACAUAAGGAGGGGUUUUUUCUUAUCACGUUAAUAAUCUUGUUACUUGUUUAAUGUAAGUGCACUGAUUUUUGUAAUCAUUAUAAUCUUCCGAGUAUUAUCUCUUAAGGUAUUAAAAUAUUUAUAAGAUUAAUGUAUUUGUGAAUUUAAUUAAACAUUUAGAACUAGUGAAUUAGGUUUGCAAUAUUUAAAUAUUUAGAAAAAAUUACUUUAUUAAAUGUAUAUAUUUUGAUUUAUUAUAUACCUAGUCUAAGAAUAUUUGGGGGGUCAUUGACUAUUUAAUGUUCAAAGAAUUGCUAAUUAUUUAAUAAAUGUAUACAUAAGAUUACAGCAUUAUGCACCCCUCCAAGGUAACAAAAAAGUGGAGGGAAGUAGGGGCUGUUAAGAAUGCAG